AUGUCUACAUUUCUUUCCUUGCCCUCGGAUGAGCGCCAAAGUCUACUAGGUGCUCUUCAAGGUCGCUGGCUCGUUAAGGUUCACUUUGGACUUGAGGGGGGGCGCAUCCACAAGACCAUUGUUGACAUCUCGAGCGUCCCGAAGUCAAACGUCGACACUGUCAACUUUGACACGUCGAGCUCCCAGCCAUCUGGAGGGCAGCGGCAGCUGCAGAGCGGAGGGCAGCAGGAGCUGCAGAGCGAAGGGCAGCAGGAGCUGCAGAGCGGAGGGCAGCAGCAGCUGCAGAGCGGAGGGCAGCAGCAGCUGCAGAGCGGAGGGCAGCAGCAGCUGCCGAGCGGAGGGCAGCGGGAGCUGCAGAGCGGAGGGCAGCAGCAGCUGCAGAGCGGAGGGCAGCAAGAGCCGGGGCAUAGGGCGGCAAUCAGGGAGCGGUUGGAGAAGUUUUGGGUCGGGGAGUGGCGGGAGCUGUUUGAGUUGGCGGUGGCGGUAAUGCAACCUGCGGCGCGUCCUUUGUCCUUCACCCCCCCCGAGCAUGAUCCUGAUGCGGUGCGCCUGGCUCGCUGCCGCACAAGGUGCAAAGUGGGAGAAUGGAGUCGGGGUUUGACGUGUCUUACUGCCGGUAGCAUCGCUCAGCCCUCUCAGCACAUGGUGGACGCGCUGCGAGCGAAACACCCAUCGAGCGAGACCGCCUUUCCGGAGUGGUUGCAGGAGGAGAUAGUUGAGCCUUCCCUUAUCCCGCAGCUCUCAGUGGAGGGCGAGUACCGACCGCCGUCGUUGGACUGGGACUUCUCCCGCGCGUCGUCCGCCGAGUCCGCCCUCUGCGGCUCCUGGCCCGCCGACUACGCCGCGCGCCACAGCGCCAUCCGCCAGGCCAGCGCAGCCGCGCACGCAGCGCACGCGGAGCUCGUCAAGCAGACCAGGGGGAACGGGGUUUUCGCGUGGUUCGGGCCCCCGACCCCCCCGCGCCCGUACGACCCCGCCGUUCGCUUCCUGACGUUCGAAUGGCUCGACGGGUGCGGCGGGUAUGGCGACGCGCUCAACGGGCUGAUGCUCGCGUUCGUGACGGCCGUGCUUGACGGCCACGCGCUCAUCGUCCGCCAUGACUGCCUGCCGGACGCGUUCUUGCCGGCCAUGAUCGACUGGCGGCUGUCGGACGACGUGCUGCUGGAGCCCGCGAGAGUCGUCACGGCGCCCGGCUACAACUGGGACGGCGUCGUGAGCGCCGCGCGCCCCGAGGCGCCAGCGAAGGAGGGGGAAGUGGUGCGGCUGGACAUGCGGAACUCACGCGUGGAGCUAGCUACCUAUUUCAAGGCCCUCGAGAACGCCACCAACAUCCGGCUGUCGGCGAAUCUGGGCGCGCUGACGCACCUGGCGACCAAGGCGACGGGCGAGUGGGCGGAGCGGUUCAAAGAGCUGGGCAUUCGCCUGCCGUACGCCGUGGGUUGCUUCCUCCGGUUCCUCCUGCGGCCGCGGGACGAGGUGAGGAAGCUGUUCCACAGCAUCAUGCAGCAGCUCAGAGCGCGCACGGGGGGAAACCACAGCAGCAGCAGCGGUGCGCAGCAGCAGCAGCUGCAGCAGCGCGUGGCGACGAUGGGCAUUCACAUCCGCGUGCAGGACGAGGUGGUGUGGGCGGGCGACCGAGGCAAGCCCAAGGAGCUCACCUCGCAGCAGAUGGACGCGCUGUUCGGCGACGCCAAACAGUGGCUCGACUGCGCUCAGCGGGUGGAGGGGUACUGGUUCCCGUCGUCCCUUGCGGUGCGAUGGAUGCUCAUCACCAACUCAGCGCAGCUCAAGGCUGCCAUUAAAUCCAAAUACCCCGACAAG